AUGUCAGGUCUCGCCGUCUCCAAUAGUCCUGGAGGAACGACGGCUUAUGGCUGCCGUUCUCAAGCUCAGUGGAACAAACUGGUCAAUGAUGCCAAAAGCCAGGGAUUCAAAAUAAUACGCAUCAUCGGAUUCGAUUGCAGUGCUCUUGAGCUCGCUUCCUCAGCUGCAGCCACCGCGGGUCUCCAAAUUAUGGCCGGAAUAUUUGCACAAUUUGGAACUAUUGCAGCUAGCUCAAGUCAGAUUGAGUACGAACUCAUUUUUAUAUGCAAUGAUGUACAGAGAUUCCGUGCAGCGUAUACCAAAUACGGGGCAGGCCGAUACGUCGGCCUAACCAUUGGGAAUGAGGUUCAAGAUUCUGUUGGUAAUAUAAUGGCAAAAGUAUACAGCGUCAGAGGGUACCUGAAAUCUGUGGGCGUCCAAACACCCGUUUCCACGGUGCACACUUGGGUUGACAUUCGAAACAAUCCCGCUCUGUGUGGUGCUGACUUUGUUGGGGCAAAUGCACAUGCAUUCUUUGAUGGUGGUGUCAACUCGGGUCAAGCUGGUAGCUUCCUUUACAACACUGUCAAGCCCGCGUUGCAGGCUGCGUGCCCCGGGAAGAAGAUAUAUAUAACUGAGUCUGGUUGGCCAUCCAGAGGUGGAAAUAACCGAAACGCAGUGGCAUCUGUACCCGAUGAACACAAUGCAAUCUCAAGCAUCAACUGCGCCGCUCGUGAUACAAGCAUGACGAUAUUUGCGUUCGAAUACGAUGAUCAGCUGUGGAAGAAUGGCGGAGCGAUAGAACAGAGCUUCGGAAUAUUUGGCAAAAUCCUGCCAGGAGACGCUUUGAACGCGUGUUGA